UCUGCCGAACCGCCGACCUACGGCUACUCUCCACUUCAACAUGCUGAUGAAAUCCGCCUGCUAACCAUCGAGCCAGGGGAACAGUCAGGACCUAUGCAAUGUGACAUCUUUCACAGCCGCAUUUCUGAUCAUCCACUGUAUGAAGCCUUGUCAUAUACUUGGGGCAGCGAGGAGACACCGAACAAUGUUCGCUGUGGGGGGAAAGGGUAUAUCUCCGUCACGAGAAAUUGCUUCGAAGCAAUCAGGCGUUUGCGGCAGAUCGAUCGCUCAAGGGCCGUAUGGAUUGACGCUGUCUGCAUCAAUCAGACAAACAUUAAUGAGCGCAAUCACCAGGUUGAGUUGAUGCCACGCAUCUACCAACAAGCAGCCACGGUGAUUGUGUAUCUUGGAGAAGCUGAAGAUGACAGCAACCUUGCGAUGGAUUAUCUCAGCACUUAUGCAUGGAUCCUCGAUCCUCCUACAUUUGCCUCUCCGCUUUCGAAAUCACAAUCCGCUCUUAAACGACUUAUUUCGCGUGCCUGGUUUAGUCGGAUAUGGGUCCUUCAAGAAGUCUUUAUGGCUAGAUCUGCAGUUGUUCUUUGCGGCAGUAAAAGCAUCCGAUGGGAUUUCUUGCGGCGCCUUGCAAAAUGGACUCCACAAGACUCAUUUGGCAAAUUCCCGCGCGUAUUAACGGUUGGAAACCACCGGGUGAUACAAAGUUAUUCUAGUCGAGAUUUCUUCAAGCUUCUUUGCGAUGUUCGUGAUUGUGACUGCAAGGAUCCACACGACCGAAUAUUUGCGCUCUUCUCAAUGGGCUCUGAGGAUUUGAGACUGUCCUUGACAGUUGAUUAUACAACUUCUGUGGAGACACUUUUUACCACCGUGGCGAGGCAUCUGAUUGACUCCAUCGGCCUAGAUGCGCUAUGCGGAGUAGAUGGAAGGUGGGAAUGUAGCAACAUUCCUUCUUGGGUACCUGACUGGAGAAUCCCAGCGCGUUCGACGCCAAUGACAGUUAUGGUGAACUUCAAUCAUUCAGCUGGAGGACUGCCAAGUAGAAAACCCGCGGAAUUCUUAAGCUCCCCCUCUGCACCACAGAAGGUGAUCCUGAGGGCCCAGGGGCAUCGUCUGUGUAGCGUUGAUAUCCUUGGAGAAAUAUUCAGACCAAGCCGAAAGAGCUGGGGCGAUAUGAUCCGUAAAGCCUGGUCUGGAAUGUUCACCGCAGCUUAUCCAGGCAUAAUCAGAUUCUUUAGUAUUCUAUACAUGGAGGGAGCGGCUCACUCGUGGGUUUACCAACCAAAGGGAGUGUGUCGUGAAUAUGACACAGAGGCAGUGGAUCCAGGAGCAGUCGAGCUCGACAGCCCUAGAAUCCAAGCAGAGGAGCUUGAGAAUGAGUUGAUGGAAUUAGAGCUAGAGAGUUUUCCAUUCAGUAAAAGGAAAAGACUCCACUCAUGUUGCACUGGUCGCCGAAUAUUCCGCACAGCGAAUGCUGCGGGUUUAGUACCAGCACAAACGCAACAAGGAGAUAUUAUAUAUAUCUUUUAUGGAGCAAGAACCCCAUUUGUCCUUCGCAAAGAGUUUGAUCAUUUCAUACUUAUUGGAGCUUGCUUUGUUGAGGGAGUAAUGAAUGGUCAUCUUGCUAGAUAUGCAGCGAAAGAGAUUGAAAUAUGGUAG